AUGGAGAUAAGAGAGGAAAGGCCGACCGACGAACGUGAUCAGAACAUUCAGACUACCAAUGAACAGCGACGUCGACUCAUCCCUCACGCGCACGCUUCGACGAUGCAGCGCUCGGAAGAGUCGGGGUCGUCAGGAACAAGGGAUAAGCAGCCGCAAGAACUCGGAUUCGGCAUUGUACCACGGCAGAAUCCUUGUACGAGAGCAAUCGAGGCAGCGAUGGACGGGGCCAUGAGCGACCGCAAGGCCAGGCGUGGCAUCGGACGCCAGCAGAAAACGAAAGGCCUGAUCGAGGUCGAAGAACUCCUGUGA